CAUUUUAAAUUUGACAAUGUAUGAAUGUAUAUAGUUUCCUUUUAAUAUUUAUCCUACUCUUACUCUAUGAAAUAUGAAUGUAGUGUACAAAAAAAGUAUUAAAAAUUUAAUGUAUCCUCAGUCAAAGAGUACAAAAGAGUAUACAAGGAUUACAAGGUACUCAGUAGUCAGUACCAAGUACAGUAUAAAAUUAUAAAAAAACGAGUAGUUAUUAAAAAAUGAAUUGGUUUUAUAUUCUUAAGAUAAUGGUGCCUACUAUCACAUCCAAAUAUUUUAAUUUAUAGUAUUAGAUAUAGUGUAAUAAUAUAAGUUAUCUCCUAAUUUUACAAAAUGAUACUAAACAAGCAAAUUCGAUCAUUUAUGUGUAGAGGUCGAAAAAAGAAAAUCAUUAGUUUAGUCAUCAUUUUAGUAUUUUUGAUAAAUGCAAUGUUUUAUGUAAGCUUAGAAUUAUACAAUACAAUUAAAAGAAGAAAUAAAGAUUCGUGGUAUAGAAGUUUAAAUUUGGACCAAGACUCUAAUGUGGAUAAAGCGGGGAUGAGAAUUGUUGUUGGCCACUAUGUUGGUGGAAAUUCUGGAGGAAAUUUAUCCCAAGAGGUAAUCAAUACUAAUCACUAUUCCCCAAUUGAGGGUGCAGGAGAAGGAGGGAGGCCAGUUCAAUUAAUGCAGAGAGAAAUUAUAACCGCUAGAGAUCUGUACUCUUUGCAUUCAUAUAAUAUUCUUGUAAGUGAUAGAAUAUCUAUUAAUAGAAGUCUUCCAGAUAUGCGCAGUGAGAGUUGUAAAGACGUUCAAUAUGAUAUAGAGAAUCUUCCAACAGGGAGUGUAAUAAUAGUUUUUCACAAUGAAGCGUGGUCUACUCUUAUGAGAACUGUUAUGUCUGUGCUGUUAAGAUCACCUGGAGUAUUAUUAAAAGAGAUAAUUUUAGUAGAUGAUGCCAGUGAUCGAAAGUAUUUAGGUAAAGAAUUAGAAGAUGCUGUUGCUAAAUUGAACAAUGUAAAGAUAUUAAGGAGUCAAAACCGAACUGGUUUAGUAGGUGCAAGAUUAAUGGGUGCCAGGGUUGCUGUUGGGCAUGUUUUAGUUUUUUUGGAUGCACAUUGUGAGGUCACACAAGGUUGGAUCGAACCUCUUUUGGACAGGGCAGGAAGUGAUGACGUAUUUAUUUGCCCUCAUAUAGAUCUUCUCUCAGACGAUACGUUAGCAUACACGAAAAGUAUUGACGCGCACUGGGGUGCAUUUAGUUGGCGUCUUCACUUCCGUUGGCUAAUGCCUAGCAGUGAGGUAAUGAAAAGUAAGUCUACAAAUCCAUCCAAACCAUAUCCAACCCCAGCGAUGGCAGGUGGUCUAUUUGCUGUGAGGAAAAGUUUAUUUUGGCGUUUAGGGGGAUAUGAUGAGGGUAUGGUCAUAUGGGGAGCAGAAAAUUUGGAACUUUCUUGGCGAGCUUGGCAGUGCGGCGCAAGGGUUGAAAUAACGCCUUGUUCUCGAGUUGGACACAUUUUUAGAAGACAUAGUCCAUAUAAAUAUCCCGGUGGCGUCGCAAAAGUCUUGAAUUCGAAUCUUGCUCGAGCCGCCACAGUAUGGAUGGACGAAUGGGCCGAGUUCUUUUUUAAAUUUAACCCGUCAGUUGCAGCAAUACGUGACACUCAGAAUGUGGCUGAUAGGAUUGAGAUCCGAAAGAAUUUAAAAUGUAAAAAUUUCAAAUGGUAUUUGGAGAAUGUUUGGCCACAACAUUUCUUUCCGACUGAUGACAGGUGGUUUGGUAGGAUACGUAAUGAAAAAGGCGGUUGUGUUGGAGUGACUGCGGGAACGCCAGGGCUUGGUGGUCCCGCUUCAUCGAUAAAUUGUGGAAGUGAUUUAGAUUUAGAUAGGUUGGUCGUGUAUACCGUAGAAGGGAAAGUUAUGGCUGACGAGGGGUUAUGUUUAGAACAAGGGAAUGGUCGGGCGGUAUGGAAAACGUGUACUGAAAAUAUUAAACAGAUCUGGCAACAGAAGGGUCCAAGGUUAAAAACAAUUGAUGGGCUCUGCCUAACAUUAUUACCCGGUGAUAGUAAAGAAGGUAUUGGUGAUUCCUUGACAGCUAAGCGCUGUUUAAACGACAAUAGACAAAUAUGGCAUUUUGAACGAGUGCCUUGGCGUUAAACAUGUGAUACUUUUAGGUAAAAAAACUCGUACAAAUAUUAUUUAUAUUAAUUUUACAUUGAGUUUAACUGAACACAUAUCUCCAGUGUUGUUAUUUUAGAGGUUUGUACCGUAAUGUAAGUCCAGAUAUAUAUUUUUCUCCUUGCAUAUUUUUCAUCCGUCAUCGACAUUUUCUGUUUCACUGUUCUUUUACUAUUGAUAUCGAUUUGAAAGUUAUGUAAAUAAAUGAUUAGAUCUCUAUAACACAUAUUACAAUUUAAAAGCAGUACCUAUUGUAAGUAU